AGUCAAAUCAUCGGCGAGAAAACAUCUGAGGGAAGAAGAAGAAAAAAAAAAUCACAAGCUGACCAGCCACGUCGGCCGGAGCGAGCCGGCUUCAUGCGGGCUCAUUUUGAAUUGUUUUCUCUUUUUUAACCAGGUGACAAAUAAAGGAGAUGAGGGGACUCGUGCCGUUCUCACGCGGCCUGUUCACUCUGAGUAACCGUCAAGCCAGACGAAAAGCUGGGACUGUCGGUUCUCGGUGCGGGUUUUGCGGAACUCAGUCUAACAGCAAGCAGCAACCACGCUUUGGGCUGUUGUUCGACAUCGAUGGCGUACUCGUCCGGGGAAGAAUGCCAAUCCCUGCAGCAAAAAAGGCAUUUGAGAAGUUGGUUGACUCUCAGGGAAAAUUCGUGGCACCAGUUGUUUUCGUCACAAAUGCGGGGAACUGCCUCCGACAAACUAAAGCAGACCAGCUCUCUCACAUCCUGGGAGUGCCUAUUACACAAGAUCAAGUCAUCAUGUCCCAUAGUCCACUGAGGAUGUUUAAGAAGUUUCAUGACAAGUGUGUGCUGGUUUCAGGACAGGGACCAGUUCUGGAAAUUGCCAAGAACGUGGGCUUUAAAAAAGUUGUCAGUAUUGAUAUGCUGAGAGAAUCAUUUCCAUUGCUGGACAUGGUGGAUCACAACAGGAGACCUAAACUGCCGUCCAAUCCUGUUAGCAACCUUCCUAAGGUUGAAGCGGUUGUUUUGUUUGGGGAGCCAAUUCGAUGGGAAACCAACCUGCAGCUGAUUGUUGACAUUUUGUUGACCAACGGUAACCUCAGCAGUGCUCACAACACCCAGACGAUGCCUCACCUCCCCCUGCUGGCCUGCAACAUGGACCUCAUGUGGAUGGCUGAGGCACAUUCUCCAAGGUUUGGCCAUGGGACAUUUCUUGUGUGCCUAGAGAACAUUUAUAAGAAGAUAACGGGUAAAGACCUGAAAUACGAUGCUCUCAUGGGAAAGCCCAGUGAGCUGACUUACCAUUUUGCAGAGCACCUCAUCAGAAGUCAGGCCAUGCAGAGGCAGUGGAAACUUCCCAUCACUUCCCUUUAUGCUAUUGGGGAUAACCUUAUGACAGACAUCUAUGGUGCCAAUCUGUAUAACCGCUACCUGGAGGAGAGAGUUGCUAGAAAGAACCCCAAAGCCAUUGCUAAGAUGGUGGCAGCCACAGGGUCCCCUACUGCCGUGCCCCAGGAGGAGGAGAUUGACAAUCUGCUGGACAGCGAGCUAGUGCUACCCUCUGCCACUUCCUGUAAGUCUGUCCUCGUCUGCACAGGGGUCUACAACCCCAACGCAGAGGUGCCGUCUGAUGCAAGUCGCUGCAUCAAAGAGACUGUGUUCCAUGGGCACCGGGACUUCAGAUUUGACCCUGCGUUGGUGGAGCCAGACAACAUUGUGCAUGAUGUGGCUGAGGCCGUUGACCUCAUUUUUGAGCAGGAGAAGUUUGUGCCUCAGUGAAAAUUUUAAGCCAAUAGGUAGAUGGGGCAUUAAACUGGGUAUACCACUUACUGGAUCAACCUGUAGGAGCCUAACACUGUGGCAGUUACAAGAUAUGGGUCAUCUUUUUAACUUUCAACAUUGUUACAAUUGUUACAGCUAGCCAUGUAACUGUUACAGUCUAAUGCUCUUUUAUAUUGUUUUUGUGACAGUCCUUAAUUACCUGUUUUUCUUUAAGGAAAAGUGUAAGAACGGCCUUAUUCAACCCUACUAAGUAUUUUUUUAGAUGAUAGUAAUGUUUUAGAUAAUUACAAAUCCUGAAAUCAUCCUAUAUUUAUUACCAAAAUUGAAAAGUGUUUUUAAGAAGCAUAUUCAGAUAACAUUUGACCUUUAUUCUCAAGGUGACUUUUUAUUAUUGUAUUUUUAGUCAUUUGUUUACCCAUUUAUCCUGGAAAAUCUAUGCAUGAACAUGAGAGUGAUAUUUGUACUGUAAAAACUGUUUGAUGUGCAAUACUGUCCUCUAAUAGAAUUAUCUGUCUGCAUUUUGUCUAGUUGUGAGAACCUUGACCAGUAUUUGCACAGAUCAGAACCUUUCAUCUUUGUUAAAUGUUACCAAACCCUGUCAUAAACUGUUCAUUAUAAAACGCAGAAAGUCAUUUUUAUGCUUUAACAAUUUAACAGAAGCAAAAUUAAGUGGAUAUUUAUUUCGAUACAGUACAAUGUACAAUGCCCCUUAUAUGUAGAAAUUUACUCAUUGUAAAUACUGUAACUUAAGAAAAUAUAAGGAUUACUUGCACACA